GCAGUUAUUUUGCGAUGUCGUGUGCGCUGGUUGGUGCCUCCGGGGCUCGGGUCCCUCUGGAGGACGGGCGAGCUGUGAUUCUGGGCCGAGGACCAGAGACCGGCGUCGCAGACAAGAAAUGCUCCAGGCACCAGGUGAAGGUUGUGGCUUGUUUUGCAGACCAGGAUGUGGUUGUUACUCAGCUUGGUCCCAACCCUAGCUUCCUUGACGGUGAGAGGCUGAGUCGGGGCCAGUCUGGUAAACUCUGUCAGGGAGGCACACUUUACCUGGUCAAUCAGGACCACCCGUUUAAGCUGCAAUACUCCGUGAGCUUUAAUGGAACAGGCUCAAGCGCUGCACAAAAACGAGUGAAAGCUACAGACAAGACAAAAAGAAGUUGGGACGAGAAAGAACUGCAGUCGAGUCCGACACCUAAACGCAGCAUAAAGGAUUUUUUUUCUACCUCUCCCAUGAAGUCAUCUAAAAGACAACUCAGCCCAGAAACAGUGCACACAGAUACAAAGCGUCAAAGGAGACAGGAGGAGGCCUUCGAUGGAUUGAAAGAAGAGGAGGACGAAGAGGAAAGAAUGGCGGAGGAAAAGCUCAAACAGCUGCAGGAGUUAGCAGAAAAGGCAGAGAGAGAAAGUGAUAACACCCAGCCGUCAUCAUCUGCAUCAAAGGCCUGUUUAAAGAGCAGCUGGGAGCAGGUGGGCAGCCUGAUGGUUUACACUGCUGCUGGUGUCAGAGGGAGUGACAAGAUAGCUGGGUUUGACAUAGACGGCUGCAUUAUCACUACCAAAUCUGGGAAAGUCUUUCCCACUGCACCAGAUGACUGGCGGAUUCUGUACCCUGAAAUUCAGCCCAAGCUGGCUAGCCUGCUCAAAAAAGGAUACAAGGUGGUUUUCUUUACUAACCAACUGGGAAUCGCUAAAGGCAAACUCAGGCCAGAAGUCUUCAAGUCUAAAGUGGAGGACAUCCUGGCCACGCUGAAGCUACCUGUGCAGGUGUUGGUGUCAACUGGUCCUGGUAUCUACAGGAAACCUGUUGUGGGAAUGUGGACUCACCUGUGUGACAAGGCUAAUGAUGGUGUGACUGUUGACAAGAAAAAGAGUUUAUUCGUAGGAGAUGCUGCAGGUAGACCAGAGAACUGGGCUCCAGGGAAGAAGAAAAAGGAUUUCUCCUGCAGUGACCGACUGUUUGCUCUGAACAUCGGGUUGCAGUUCUACACGCCAGAGGAGUACUUUCUGGGCUGGAAGAGCGCCCCCUACAGGCUGCCUGAUUUUGACCCAAGAAAACUUGAUUCAAACGCCAGGCUUUACGACCCACCAUCCGCUUCUCUCACCUCUAACAAGACAGAAGUUAUUGUUGCUGUGGGUUUUCCUGCAUCUGGUAAAUCCACUUUCUUUAACACCCACAUUGUUCCAAAAGGCUAUGUCUACGUCAACAGGGACAAACUGGGUUCAUGGCAGAAAUGUGUGUCGGCGUGUGAGGGCGCUCUGAAGGAAGGCCGCAGUGUCGCUGUGGACAACACCAACCCAGACCCAGAGUCUCGCAAACGAUAUGUGGAUGCAGCUAAAGCUGCAGGAGCGCUAUGUCGCUGCUUUCAAUUCACAGCCAGUCUGGAACAAGCCAAACACAACAACAGAUUUCGUGAAAUGUCGCCAUCAGAUGACAAACAUGUCAAGGUCAAUGACAUGGUUUUCCACAGCUACAAGAAAAACUUUGUGGCUCCUGCACUCUCUGAGGGAUUCUCUGAAAUACUCCAGAUUCACUUCAUCCCAAGCUUCCAAGACAGCCAGUCAGAAACCCUGUUUAGGCAGUUUUCUGAAGGCUGACACUACACAAGACACCAUGAGUCACCAGGCACUGAUGUGUGUAGUUUAUUCAGAUUGCAUUUAGGCACUUCACUGAAAUCCAAAGGCCACUAACUGCAAAGUGAGACCAUUAAUGUUGCUUAGACAUGCAGCACAGAAUCAGGGACGUCCGUUUAACUGUUAGAAUAAACAGAGCAACAUAUCAAUGUAUGUGCGGCUACAUUAACAUAUUGUUUACAUGUAUGUAUGUGUUUGAGUUAGAAAGAACAACACUGAAUAAAAAAUACCUAGAAAGUU